AGAAUAAACUCAGCUCUCUCUCGGACCUGGAACAGCAGUACCGAGCCUUACGAAAAUACUAUGAGAACUGUGAGGUGGUUAUGGGCAACCUGGAGAUCACCAGCAUAGAGCACAACCGGGAUCUCUCCUUCCUGCGGUCUAUCCGAGAAGUCACAGGCUAUGUAUUAGUGGCUCUUAACCAAUUCCGUUACCUGCCUUUGGAGAAUUUACGGAUUAUUCGUGGGACAAAACUGUAUGAAGAUAGAUAUGCAUUGGCAAUAUUUCUAAACUACAGAAAAGAUGGAAACUUUGGACUUCAAGAACUUGGAUUGAAGAACUUGACAGAAAUUCUAAAUGGUGGCGUCUAUGUAGACCAGAACAAGUUCCUUUGUUAUGCAGACACUAUUCACUGGCAAGAUAUUGUUCGGAAUCCAUGGCCUUCCAACUUGACUCUGGUAUCAACAAAUGGAAGCUCCGGAUGUGGUCGCUGCCAUAAGUCUUGCACAGGCCGAUGCUGGGGACCUACAGAAAAUCACUGCCAGACUUUGACCAGAACAGUGUGUGCGGAACAGUGUGACGGGAGAUGCUACGGGCCCUACGUCAGCGACUGUUGCCAUCGGGAAUGUGCUGGAGGCUGCUCGGGACCAAAGGACACAGACUGUUUUGCCUGUAUGAAUUUCAAUGACAGUGGAGCUUGUGUUACUCAAUGUCCCCAGACCUUCGUCUACAACCCAACCACCUUUCAACUGGAGCACAACUUCAAUGCCAAGUACACAUAUGGAGCGUUCUGUGUCAAGAAAUGCCCACAUAACUUUGUGGUAGAUUCCAGUUCAUGUGUACGUGCCUGCCCUAGUUCCAAGAUGGAAGUAGAAGAAAAUGGGAUUAAGAUGUGUAAACCUUGCACUGAUAUUUGCCCAAAAGCUUGUGAUGGCAUUGGCACAGGAUCACUGAUGGCAGCUCAGACCGUGGAUUCCAGUAACAUCGACAAAUUCGUCAACUGCACAAAGAUCAAUGGGAAUCUGAUCUUCCUCGUCACUGGCAUUCAUGGGGAUCCUUACAAUGCUAUUGAAGCUAUUGAUCCAGAAAAACUGAAUGUCUUUCGGACAGUCAGAGAGAUAACAGGUUUCUUGAACAUACAAUCAUGGCCUCCAAAUAUGACUGACUUCAGUGUGUUCUCUAACCUGGUGACCAUUGGUGGCAGAGUACUCUACAGUGGCCUCUCCCUGCUGAUUCUCAAGCAACAAGGUAUCACCUCUCUGCAAUUUCAGUCCUUGAAGGAAAUCAGUGCAGGAAAUAUCUACAUCACUGACAACAGCAACCUGUGUUAUUACCACACCAUUAAUUGGACAACACUCUUCAGCACAAUCAACCAAAGAAUAGUGAUUCGGGAUAAUAGAAAAGCUGAGAAUUGUACUGCAGAAGGAAUGGUGUGUAACCAGCUGUGUUCUAGCGAUGGCUGUUGGGGACCUGGGCCAGACCAGUGCCUGUCCUGCCGCCGCUUCAGCAGAGGAAGGAUCUGCAUAGAGUCUUGUAACCUCUAUGAUGGUGAACUUCGGGAAUUUGAGAAUGGCUCUCUCUGUGUGGAGUGUGACGCCCAGUGUGAGAAGAUGGAAGAGGGCCUCCUCACGUGCCAUGGACCGGGACCUGACAACUGCACAAAGUGCUCUCAUUUUAAGGAUGGCCCAAACUGUGUGGAAAAGUGUCCAGAUGGCUUACAGGGGGCAAACAGUUUCAUUUUCAAGUACGCGGAUCAGGAUCACGAGUGCCGUCCCUGCCACCCAAACUGCACCCAAGGAACUCCCCUGAUUGCUGCUGGAGUCAUUGGUGGCCUCUUCAUCCUGGUCAUAGUAGGUCUGACAUUUGCAGUUUAUGUUAGGAGGAAGAGCAUCAAAAAGAAAAGGGCCUUAAGAAGAUUCCUAGAAACAGAGUUGGUAGAACCCUUAACUCCCAGUGGCACGGCACCCAAUCAAGCUCAACUUCGUAUUUUGAAAGAAACUGAACUAAAGAGAAUAAAGGUCCUUGGCUCAGGUGCUUUUGGAACUGUUUAUAAAGGUAUUUGGGUUCCUGAAGGAGAAACAGUGAAAAUUCCUGUGGCUAUUAAGAUUCUCAAUGAGACAACUGGUCCCAAGGCCAAUGUUGAGUUCAUGGAUGAAGCUCUAAUCAUGGCAAGUAUGGACCAUCCGCAUCUAGUUCGCUUACUGGGUGUGUGUCUGAGCCCAACCAUCCAGCUGGUUACCCAGCUCAUGCCCCAUGGCUGCCUCCUGGAUUAUGUCCAUGAACACAAGGAUAACAUUGGGUCACAGCUGCUGCUGAACUGGUGUGUACAGAUAGCUAAGGGAAUGAUGUACCUAGAAGAAAGACGACUUGUUCAUCGGGAUUUGGCAGCCCGUAAUGUCUUAGUGAAAUCUCCAAAUCAUGUGAAAAUUACAGAUUUUGGACUAGCCAGACUCUUGGAAGGAGAUGAAAAAGAGUAUAAUGCUGAUGGAGGAAAGAUGCCGAUUAAAUGGAUGGCUCUGGAGUGUAUACAUUAUAGGAAAUUCACUCAUCAGAGUGACGUCUGGAGCUAUGGAGUCACGAUAUGGGAACUGAUGACCUUUGGGGGGAAACCCUAUGAUGGAAUCCCGACCCGAGAAAUCCCUGAUUUAUUAGAGAAAGGAGAACGUUUGCCUCAGCCUCCCAUCUGCACUAUUGAUGUUUACAUGGUCAUGGUCAAAUGUUGGAUGAUUGAUGCAGACAGCAGACCUAAAUUCAAGGAACUGGCUGCUGAAUUCUCAAGGAUGGCUCGAGACCCACAAAGAUAUCUGGUUAUUCAGGGUGAUGACCGUAUGAAGCUUCCCAGUCCAAAUGACAGCAAGUUCUUUCAGAAUCUCUUGGAUGAAGAGGAUUUGGAAGAUAUGAUGGAUGCUGAGGAAUAUCUGGUUCCCCAGGCUUUCAACAUUCCUCCUCCUAUCUACACUUCCAGGGCAAGAAUUGACUCAAACAGGAGCGAAAUUGGACACAGCCCUCCUCCUGCCUACACCCCCAUGUCAGGAAACCAGUUUGUAUACCGAGACGGGGGAUUCGCUGCGGAACAAGGCCUGCCCAUGCCAUACAGAGCCACGACCAGCACCAUCCCAGAAGCUCCAGUUGCUCAAGGUGCUGCCGCUGAGAUUUUUGAUGACUCCUGCUGUAAUGGCACCUUACGCAAGCCAGUGGCACCCCAUGCCCAAGAGGACAGCAGCACCCAGAGGUACAGCGCUGACCCCACAGUGUUUGUCCCUGAACGGAGUCCAAGAGGAGAACUGGAUGAAGAAGGCUACAUGACUCCUAUGCGAGACAAACCCAAACAAGAAUACCUGAAUCCUGUGGAGGAGAACCCUUUUGUGUCUCGGAGAAAAAAUGGAGACCUUCAAGCUUUGGAUAAUCCCGAGUAUCACAAUGCUUCCAGUGGUCCACCCAAGGCAGAGGAUGAGUACGUGAAUGAGCCACUGUACCUCAACACCUUUGCCAAUGCCUUGGGGAAUGCUGAGUAUCUGAAGAACAACGUACUGUCUGUGCCAGAGAAGGCCAAAAAAGCAUUUGACAACCCUGACUACUGGAACCACAGCCUGCCACCUCGGAGCACCCUCCAGCACCCAGACUACCUGCAGGAGUACAGCACAAAAUAUUUUUAUAAACAGAAUGGGCGGAUCCGGCCUAUUGUGGCAGAGAAUCCUGAAUACCUCUCUGAGUUCUCACUGAAGCCAGGCACUGUGCUGCCUCCUCCACCCUACAGACACCGGAAUACUGUGGUGUAAACUCAGCAGUAGUUCGAGGUGGAAAGACACACCCACUCCAUUUCCCCGCCCCCUCUCUUUCUCUGGUGAUCUUCCUUCUGCCCCCAAGGCCAGUAGUUUUGACACUUCCUAGUGGAAGACAUAGACUUGCAAUGAUAAUUGUGUGCUUAUCUAACUUGAACAUUAGAAGGAAGGACAGAAAGAGAAAGACAGGAGGAACCGCACUGUUUCUCCAUUUCUCUGUAUGGGUUGCUCAGGAGACUGGAACAGCUAGAGAGGGACCAGAAAAUACCAGAUAAUACUGCCUACUGUCAAAUAGUUUUCAGCCAACCAAUCUACCUUUGUCCCUUUCUUCCUUGCUUUCUUCCUCCCUUAGUUCUUUCCUACUUCCUUUUUUCCUUCUUUCC